AUGGAUAUGACAUUAUCUCGUGAAUUCUGGCAUUCUCAACUUGAAGGAUAUAAUCUCACACGUCAGUUAUCGUUACCUGCUGACCGACAACGUUCAUCAAUUAAUCAACAACGAUCAGGUUUAGCUUCUUCAGCUCAAAUCACUUUUGAUGAUGAAAUAUGUAGAUCAUUUCUCACCUAUGCAUCAACACAUCAUUUCACACUUUUUCAACUUGGAUUAUCUAUAUUUUAUGUCUUCCUAUUCAAAUUAACUCAUGGUGAGAUUGAUUUAUGUAUUUCUUCUAUCUAUGCUAAUCGAUAUCGAAGUGAACUAGUGAAUUUGAUUGGAAUGUUUGUAUCGACAUUACCAUAUCGUGUUGAACUUGAGCCCUAUUGGCCAUUUCAUGAAGUAGUUAAAUAUGUACAAGAAAAAUGUUUAUCAAUUCUUAAACAUUCUCAUUACCCACUUCAACAUAUUCUUGCUGAUUUGUAUCUUACUCAAUCGAAUGUAUCAUUUCUUGAAACAAUGUUUGAUUUUAUUACUGUGUCAAAAGAUGUCGAAUAUUUAUGUUUAAAUGAUACAGAUUUAGAACAAGUAUUGUUAGAACAAUCAGCUGAAGUGUCUAAAUUUGACUUUUCAUUAACAUUUCAAUACAAUUCAUUACCAGAUAACAGGAGAUUAUCAUGUAGUUUUGUUUGUUCACAUGAUUUAUUUGAAAAAUCAACUAUUUCAGAAAUAGGUCAUAGAUUUGAAUAUAUGUUUGAGCAACUAUUUCAAACACAAUCAAGUAACGUUCCUACGAUGAAUAUGAGUUCAUCGAUUAACAAUGUAUGUGUUAUUCUUCCCGAAGAAGCUGAAGAAAUGGAAUUAGUCGUGUUUUAUCGAUUAGAGAAUAUUGUGAAUGAAGGUAUGAUUGUAUACAGCUUGUCCUAUUGUUUUAUAAAAGUUGUAGUCAGCUAA